UUUGGAUGUCGUUUCAGCAAUCCAUGCUGAAGAGCUGUUCAAAAUAAAGGCUUCGAUGCAGACGCAGAACCAUGGCGAUGAUAUUUUGGAAAUCUUCCACUUAUCAAAAGUUGGUUGAUGAGUUAGUGGAGAUUCAUCAAUUGGUGAAGAACCUACCUAAUGGGUGGGAUGAUAUUUUUGGUACAAGUCAAUAUGCAUCUAAUCCAGUAUCUGUUACCAUUGUCCCUCAACCUUCUGCUGUUGUUCCAACUGAGGCUGCAUCUUUGUCUACUGCUGCUAUUGUUGAGCCAAGAACAUCUACCCAAGCGUUUGUUAAUCCAAUUGAUGUUUCAAAAGUUAUACAUGAUGUUGUUGAUUCUUUGAAAACCAAAUCGAAAACAUCUACGGAGGUGAUGAUGAUGAAAUGGAAGAAUAUGAUCGUGUGUGGGCUGGGUUCCAAAAAUGUAUCAUUAACAACCAUGCUAUAUCAAAAGUGGAUGUCAGUGUGUAUGGUGUUGAGGAAAAUGCGCUAUUAAUGUCUGCGUUUAUGAUUGCAUCAAAAGUGGAUGUCAGUGUGUAUGGUGUUGAGGAAAAUGUGUUAUUAAUGUGUGCGUUUAUGAUUGCAUUUGAAGAUUUAAUGAGACUUCUUCCACCAUUUGUUCAAGAAGUUGUGGAUUUUGCUGCUUUGGCUGAUGGAGAGUGUAUGUUGCUUAAUGAUAAAGUUAUUGAAUACAAUCCUUUUAUUGUGGUAGCAAGAGAUGAUAUGUGGACACUUCCUUCUACAUUUGAUAUUCUUCUGAUUCAUAUUGAAUCAUGGGCCUUUUUAUUGAAUGAAAAUGAAAGAAAGCCUGAUGGUUGUCCUCAUAAGCUGUUUUUAGGUGGCACAUAUUGUGUAAGUUAUAUUUUUAAUAAUAUAGAAUGUAAAUUAUUUAUAUUUUUUUUGCCUUUGUUUAAUUUUUCUUUUAAUAAUCUUUUGCAGAAAUAUGUUGCUGAAUUGAUUGAGAAACCAGAUGAUCAAAAAAAUCUAGUCUGAAUUGUCUAUUUGUCUUCGUUAUGGUGUGAAAGAUAUUAAUGGAAUUAAAUCGUUGAAAGAUUGUAAUAUGAUUUUUGCUCCUGUUCUGAUUCAAGACCCGAAAUAUUACUACCUGUUUGUGGUUAGUAUGAAAGACAAAAGAGUGUACUUCAGGGAUAAUAUGAUUAUUGAUGAAAAUGAGUUGGAAGGAAGGAAGAAAUCUUUUUCUGUCUUGGAAGAUUUCAGGAAGUUCAUCAGGGCUUGUAUGUGUGGCACCAUUGUUUUGUCAGAUUUGAAUCUUUGCAGGGAUGAAUUUCUUCAAAAAAUGGUUUCAUUUAGGGAAAAGAGGAAAGAAGAUGUUUUGGAGGCACUUAUUAAAGAGAGGGAAAAGUUGCUUCAGAAACACAUUGAUGAUCCUGAAAAAAUUGAAGUUGUGGCAAGAAUUAGUUCAGGAAGGAAAUCCAAAAAUGUUGAAACAGAAGAUGAUGUUGAGCCAAAUUUUAUAGUUGAAGGUAAAGGACGCGGCAAAGGAAGGAGAUGCGGCAAAGGAGGCAGACGCGGUAAAGGACGCGGACGAGGUGCUUCACAUGGUGAAUAAUUUUUAAA